AUGGCCUUCGACUGCGGUUUCGACAUUUUCCCCCACCUCGUUCCUACCAAGGAAAACAAAGCCCUAUACAGCGAAUUCCUAGACACAGUCUUGACAUUCGACACCAAAAAAAUCCCUUUCGUCCUUCCUGCCGAAGUCGACUGUCCAGAGACAUAUAGCAAAAAGUUUAUCUACUUUCUGAUCCCCGGACAGCCCAAGAUCCCUCUUGGAGACAAUUGCGACUGCUUCAUCGGCUUCCGCUCGAACGAUGCCAUUAGUGCCGACGUGCUCAAGAUCGUCGAGGGAAUGGCCUUCACCGCCAGGGAGUUCUUCGGCAGCAGGGUUCAUUUCUGGAAGGCCAGAGCGACAUCUAUAGCCGGGGCGAGCUUCGUCGUGCGGAACAAGAGGUAG